AUGCUUGCCCUUUGGAGCUUUGCACUUUUACUGAUCGAUGCAUCUACAGGAAAGGAAGUCUGCUAUGACCACCUGGGCUGCUAUACAGAUGAUAAACCUUGGGCUGGAACCAUAGAACGACCAAUUGCAAGGUUACCCUGGACACCAGAAAGAAUAAACACUCGCUUCCUCCUUUAUACUAAAAUGAACCCUAAUAACUUUCAGGAAAUCACAGCAAUUAAACCAGAAACUAUUGAUUAUUCAAACUUUAAUGCCAGCAAGAUAACUCGCUUUAUUACCCAUGGAUUUAUAGACCAGGGAGAAGAAACCUGGUUGUCAGACAUGUGCAAGAGGAUGUUUGAAGUGGAAGAUGUGAACUGCAUCUGCAUAGAUUGGAGUAGUGGUUCCAGGUGUGCAUACACCCAAGCAUCCAACAAUAUCCGUGUGGUGGGAGCUGAAGUGGCAUAUUUUGUAAAUGUUCUUAAGACAAAGUAUGGAUACUCUCCAUCCAUGGUACAUUUCAUUGGCCACAGCCUUGGGGCACAUGCAGCUGCUGAGAUGGGAAGAAGAGUACCAGGAAUUGGAAGAAUAACCGGACUGGAUCCUGCUCAACCCUAUUUUCAAGGCACACCAAUUGAGGUCAGACUGGACAAAAGCGAUGCUGAUUUUGUUGAUGUUAUUCAUACUGAUUCAGCCCCAACUAUUCCAUACCUGGGCUUUGGAAUGAGUCAAGCUGUGGGACACCUUGAUUUUUAUCCAAAUGGAGGAGAAUACAUGCCAGGAUGUAAGAAAAAUGCCAUUUCACAAAUAGUGGACAUUGACGGAAUCUGGGAAGGGACCCGUGACUUUGUGGCCUGUAACCACUUACGGAGCUACAAGUAUUAUUCAGAUAGCAUUGUCUUUCCAGAUGGAUUUUUGGGUUAUGCCUGCGCUGCAUACAACUUAUUUGAAACAGGAGGCUGCUUCCCAUGUCCAAAAGGUGGAUGCCCUAAAAUGGGCCACUAUGCAGAUCAGUUUAAAAACCAAAUCACCUCUGGAUUUACGAAGCUUUAUUUGAACACUGCAGAUGCCAAGAAUUUCCCCCGUUGGAGGUACAAAUUAUCCGUCACUCUCUCUGGAAAGAGCAGCGUCCGUGGAUACAUAAAUAUUGCCCUGUACGGAAGUGGAGGGAACACAAAACAAUAUCAGAUUUUCAAGGGGAAGCUCACACCUGAUGAGAUUUAUACCAACCUAAUUGAUGUAGAACUUAAUGUUGGAGCAGUUACUAAGGUUAAAUUUCUUUGGAACAACAAUAUCAUAAACCCAACUUUGCCCAAACUGGGAGCAGCAAGGGUUACAGUACAAGAUGGAGAAGAUGGGAAUGUAUUCAAUUUCUGUGGCAGUGACACUGUGAGAGAAGAUGUUCUCCAAACACUUACACCGUGCUAAUAAUAUGCA